AAGCAUCACAUUACCAUGAUAACAAAAGUUUGUUUAUAAUAAAACUUGACAUAACAUUCUCGUUUCCGAGAUUUUCAUCUAAUUUAAACAGAAAUUUCAGAAUUUUUCAAUGGAAACAUAUAAUUCUCCUAAGCAAUGUGACAUUCAGCAGCAAAUACCGGCAAAUGACAAUUUCAACAAUUAUUACCAGUCCGUGUCGUUGUUGAAAAAUAAUGAUAAUUUAGAUUAUGGUAGUGUUAUGGAUGAACCCAUCGAUUUGACUGUUUCGCCCACCGAUUUGACUUACACGCAUAACAAAAGUGUUAACGAUGUUAGUUUUACUUGUUAUAGAAAUAGGAAUAAUAGGAAUUAUAAAAGUGUUAAUAAAAAACAUGCACCUAGACUAGAGCCUGAACCAUUUCAAACAGUGAACUGUCAUGAGAAAAUGUAUGCAAACGAAAACAGACACUUUUUCUGCCCUUCACGAAGGAAAAAACGAAGGAAAUUUGUAUAUACCAAUGAAGGAAAGCUUGUUUUACUAACUGAAAAUUUAUCACCACCAACUUUCACGCAAGCCAAGCAAGCGGAGAUUCUCAAAGCCGCCAAGUCCCUUUUUUCUAAACGUACGAGAACCCUGUAUCAUUGGAUGUACCCGAACGCAUCCAAACAACACAUCAAAAUGACUGUAAUGACGUCUUGGGAUUCCCUGGCUGAAAACGAAAAAGCCUUUUACAUAUCGCAGGUUUUGGGCCGCUUCGGUCUAAGCCAAACCAACCUAAUGGUGAACCCCCAACUCGAAACCAUAAAAGAACCACCCCCUCAUACCGAUCGGAUCGUAACUCGUACGAAAUCUCGAGAAUUACAAAGCGCCAUCUCCAGUAUCAGUCCGGAAACUAACACUAGCGAUCCCGUAUCUAUGACCUUCGAGGAAUUCGAAGCCAUGAACGAGAAAACGAGAAAGAAACGGGGAAGGCCCAAGGGUAGGAACGAGAUUCGUCAAAAGGCGAAGGGGACGAACGGGGAUUUCCAGGACGAUCCGGAGCUGAGUUUGGAGUUGGAGAAGUUUGCCGUUCAAUUUAAUUUAAAUAGGUUGUACUGAUGGAAAAUAUUUGUUUUUUUGUUUAAAAUUAAUGUCGAUGUGAAAGGUAAUAAAAUUGAGUUGGAAUUGCUGGUAGU